CCACUGCCGAUGAAUCGAUCUCAUCUCACUCCACACCACACCACACCACUCCACCGCCUUUCUCUCUCAUCUCUCUUCUCUCUUCCUCUCACUCUUACAGAGUCCUGAAAUGUACCCAAACAUAGAUUCGCCCCAUUUUCACUCCUCCAUUCCUAUUGGUCAAUUUAUUAUUUAUUUAUCAAAUCAUUAAAUCGAAACACUGUUUCUCUCUUCCACCGCCUUUCAAUCGAAACACUCUUACUGUCUAUAAAUUUCUAAAACCCAACCACACCAGACUGUUUCUCUUUCCCUUGCCCUCCAACAUUUCUUCUCUCUCUCACUCACUCAUCCUUUGUUAGGGUUUUUUCUCUUUGUAUGCAUUUUCUACUGACCUGUGGAGAUAAAAGUGUUAAUGGCGGCGAGUUCCAGAGGUUUCGCGACUCAGUUCGAUUUCAAACUUAGGCGGUUCGCCUUUCUUCAUCAUUCACCGCAUCGGAGUAGUAGCAAUGGUUUGGAGUUGAGGAAGCGGAAGAGAGUUAGUUUUGAAGUUGACCGAGUUGGAGUUACUAGUCGAAUCGGAUGUUGCUGUUCUGACUCGGUGGUUCCGAUUAGGAGAGCGACCAGGCCAGGGAAGAGCGUUGAGAAGAACGAAGAAUGGCGAUUUGAUCUCAAGAAAGCCCCUCGCAGAGUUCGAAUCCAGGCCACUUCUCCUGCAUUGCCUUUUGCUUCUCCUCAAUAUCGUUUUGACUCUAAACAAGAAAAAUAUUAUCCUCGAUGUAGCCCGAGGAAUUCUGGUCCACAGUCCCGAGACAGUCCACCUAAAAGAGACACUGGUAUUGCAAAUGAGAAGGAUUGGGGCAUUAGUUUGUUAAACGAAAAUGUCAAUGAGACUGGUACAAAUGAAGAUGGCAGUACUUGGUACCGAGAAAGUGGAGAAGACUUGGGAGAUAAUGGGUUCAGAUGCAGAUGGACAAAGAUGGGUGGUCAAUCUAACGAUGGAUCUUCAGAAUGGAAGGAAACGUGGUGGGAGAAAAGUGACUGGACCGGAUUCAAAGAGCUAGGUGUGGAGAAAUCAGGUAGAAAUGCAGAAGGAGAUUCAUGGUGGGAAACAUGGCAAGAAGUACUUCAUCAAGAUGAAUGGAGUAAUCUAGCAAGGAUUGAGAGGAGUGCACAGAAGCAGGCAAAAUCAGGUUCAGAAAAUGCUGGAUGGUAUGAGAAAUGGUGGGAGAAAUAUGAUGCUAAAGGCUGGACUGAGAAAGGAGCACAUAAAUAUGGUAGACUUAAUGAACAGUCAUGGUGGGAGAAGUGGGGAGAGCAUUAUGAUGGAAGAGGAUCUGUUCUCAAAUGGACAGAUAAAUGGGCCGAGACCGAACUUGGGACUAAAUGGGGUGACAAGUGGGAAGAGAAGUUCUUUGCUGGCAUCGGUUCUAGACAGGGAGAGACAUGGCAUGUAUCUCCCAGUGGUGAACGUUGGUCAAGGACAUGGGGAGAAGAGCACUUCGGAAAUGGUAAAGUGCACAAAUAUGGGAAGAGUACAACAGGUGAAAGCUGGGACAUUGUUGUCGACGAAGAAACUUAUUACGAGGCUGAACCUCAUUAUGGAUGGGCUGACGUUGUGGGUGACUCGAGCCAACUGCUAUCCAUCGAACCCCGAGAAAGGCCACCUGGUGUCUUCCCAAAUCUAGACUUUGGGCCGUCUACACCUCCUGAGGGAUUCCCCCCAACAUGAUGAAAUCCUUUUUGGGUUAGAUUGUUAAGAAAUUACUUUUGCCAUCCCCUUUGUGUAAUCGUUGAAAUUAGUGCAAUUGCAAUAUUUUGAUCUCAAUUUUUUCAUUCUUUUAAUUGGUCAUUCCUUAGGAUCUGAUGGUAAUAUUCUGAACAUUAUCACCUGCAUUAUUUCUUUCUGGAUAACAAUGAAGUACUUUGUGACUCAA